AUGCAUGUACAUGAGAGAGAACAGGCACUCAAAGCUCUGACAGCAGAAUUAUCGCCGUAUGAGUGGAGGACACUCCACGCCACGACAAGCAGUCGUACCUUCCAAUUCGACGUCAUCGGCAAUCUACCCGUUGAGCUAGUGGCCCAGGUAUUCUCGCAUUUAGACGUUGCUGCUCCUUACCGCUUGCAAAGUGUCUCAAGACGAUGGAAACACACUCUUCAGAGCUUACACGUUAUCAAAGCAAGCCUCAACAGUUGGUACCAAGGUACUGUCAAUUUCCAAGAUGCCGACCACGCUCUGUGUCAGAAGAAAGCCCGCAAGAUCCAUGCCUUUCGUACCGGCAAGCCGCGCAAAGUCUACAAGAUAACACCCAAGGACUCUAUAGAUGAUAUCUACUUAGCAGGAAACAGUCUCAUCUGGCAAAGCCUAACCUUCACUCCGGAAAACCAAUCGCGAAAUGUUUGCGUCCUCGAUCUAGCUACAUGGGAUCUUCGCUUCCUGGGUGGCGAAGGCCGUGAACGAAUUAUCGACGUCUUCGUAUCUAGUGAGAUUGUGGCGCUAACAACCUGGGCGAACAUCUGCUACGUUCACGAAUUGCAUGUCGACGACAAGCAAAGCAUAUCAUCGAUAGUCAUGCGAGACACCAAUGGCAAGUCAUCCUUCCUAGUGCGAUUCAACGAAGAAGAGAUGGACAUGAGUGUAUGGGAGGGUUCCCGGCUAUACGAACACCCCGAAUUUGAUAAUACCAACGGUACCAUGGCGUGGUGGAAGGACACAUGCUAUGCCACAUUCUGGGACGGGGACGUCGAAGGCGAAAUGCGCGACACCAUUGCGCUUAUGGAUGGGAACGCCGACAAGCAUGACAUGAAUGCGGUUGAGGGCGCCAGUAACGGCAGAACCUACAAGCCCAUCGUAUCUGAAUCAACGGACAACGAGUCAGUCCAUGACCGGGACGAUAUCAACGCCCCCGUUGUGCUGAACGAGAAUUACGUGGUCAGAAACGCUGGGGAUAGGCUCUACAUACUCUGCUUUGACGACGAUGAUCAGGGGAAGAAACCGCAGGAGAGUGGAUCCUUCUUUGAUGUGGGAGAGCUUGAGGUGUUGAAGGGUAUGGAUACUUGGUUCGACCAACCACAUUACAAGGGGUGGCUACAGUCUCGGCCAUAUGCCCGUGUAAAGGAGAUCUGGGGGCCGGAGCUGGAACGACGGAGGCAGGAGCUUUCAUUACGCUCAGAAUCUGACUAG